AUGGAUUUCAUUUCCUUCUUGAGAGAAGAGAUUAGAAGUUUCCGCCCUACUCAUAUAAUCUCCAAUGAUGGUCUAUCCAUGCAGGUCAGCUUCGACCCUGAACUGUCCAACUUAGCCAUGACGCGCAUCGCAAUUAUACACACGGCCGAGCAACUCCCCUUUGGUCCAUUUUCUGGUGGCAUCCCUGGGCAAUCGGCUACAACCAGAGAAGCAGAUCUACUUGAACGAAUGGAUGGAGUCUGGAGUGUUUCUGAAGUUAUCAAGAAUUACACGUUCGACCAUGGCCAGCUCCAGUCACGCUUUCUGGUACAUCAUCCCUGGACGUAUUUGAUCGGCGAGUACCAUGAGAUGCCAAAACACCUUUGCAAUUGGAACAAGAGGUACAUCGCUAUGGUGAAUCCUUGCCCAGUCAAAGGAUCGAGCAUCUUUAUAAAUCUUGCCAAGGCGUGUCCACAGUAUGAGUUUCUGGCGUUCAUCAGUUGGGGCACCAAUGAGAAGAUUCUUGAUCAGAUGAACGACUUACCAAAUAUAACGACUCACUCGCCGUGUGCCAAUCACGAAGAUCUAUGGCGUGAUAUCAAAGUCCUCGUUGUCCCCUCUCUCUGGUGUGAGGCCUGGGGAAUGGUGGUUGUCGAAGCACAUCUCCGGGGCAUUCCCGUCGUUUCGUCCAAUGCAGGUGCCCUCUCUGAGGCGAUGCUUGGCUUGGAUUACAUCAUUCCUGUCAAUGCCAUCAAUGGCGAACAUGAUGAGUGGGGACCUUACAUCAUUCCUGAGCAGGAAACGGAGCCUUGGGUGAGAGCCAUCACGAGGCUUAUGGAGGAUAGAGAUGAGUAUGAAGAGAACUCAUUCAAUGUGCGUGAUACUACCCAGCGGUGGCUGGAGUCCCGUGACACAACGGAAAUAGAGACGUGGAUGAUGGACUUGGAGGUCGGUUCCAAGAAGAAUGUAAUUUCUGCUCAUAUUUAG